CCCAGUCAAAUAUAGAAAGAUAUUAAAACUUAGCUCGCUCACAUUCUCUUACUUGCAAACAUUCUCAGAAAUCUGAAAGCAAACAGGAUAAAUUUCGGGUGUGAAGAAGAUGGGAAAUCUAUUUUGUUGUGUACAAGUGGACCAAUCAACGGUAGCGAUAAAAGAAACGUUCGGGAAAUUCGAAGAUGUUCUUGAGCCUGGUUGCCAUUUUCUUCCAUGGUGUCUUGGUAGCCAAGUUGCUGGUUACCUCUCUUUGAGGCUUCAACAAUUGGAUGUUCGUUGCGAGACAAAGACAAAGGACAAUGUGUUUGUUAAUGUUGUUGCAUCGAUUCAAUACCGUGCUAUUGCCAAUCAGGCCAAUGAUGCUUUCUACAAACUCAGUAACACUAAAGGCCAAAUUCAAGCUUACGUGUUUGAUGUCAUUAGAGCAAGUGUCCCCAAGCUGCUUCUGGAUGAUGUCUUUGAGCAGAAGGAUGAAAUUGCAAAAGCUGUUGAAGAAGAGCUCGAGAAGGCAAUGUCGGCUUACGGUUUUGAGAUUGUCCAAACUCUCAUUGUUGAUAUCGAGCCUGACGAACAUGUCAAACGUGCCAUGAACGAAAUCAACGCUGCUGCAAGGAUGAGACUGGCUGCAAAUGAAAAGGCAGAGGCUGAGAAAAUCUUGCAGAUAAAGCGAGCUGAAGGUGAAGCUGAGGCCAAGUACCUCUCGGGUCUAGGUAUUGCUCGUCAGAGACAAGCGAUUGUAGAUGGACUACGAGACAGUGUCUUGGGUUUCUCUGUGAACGUCCCAGGGACAACUGCUAAAGAUGUGAUGGACAUGGUGCUUGUUACACAAUACUUUGACACAAUGAAGGAGAUUGGUGCAAGUUCCAAAUCUUCUGCUGUGUUCAUUCCGCACGGACCAGGAGCUGUUCGCGAUGUGGCUACUCAGAUCAGAGACGGUCUCCUUCAAGGCUCUUUCGCAGACCAGUCUUGAAGUGGAUGGACUUUCUAUGUUCUCUUUCUUUUACUCAGCUUAUGGUGUGUGAUUAAGAUCUUAUGAUGGUUUUUUUUCAUUCUCUAUUCGAUUACAGUGAAUCUUGUUUUGCUUUUUUUUGCUUUUUUUUUGGAUUUUUUCCCCUUGCUGUAUAGACAUAUUUGGGUUUACAACCAAAAUCGUAAGUAGCAUCAAAUAAAGAGUUUAAGUUAUAAGCUAAAAAGAGAUCAAACAAUUUGUAUGGA